CGAGACCCAGGCCCGCCCACCACCUCAACGCACAGAGCUGGCGUGAGCAGCGAGCGAGGCUUUAAUACAGAGAGGGGGGCGAGCGAGGCUUUAAUAAAGAGAGGGGGGCGAGCGAGGUGCGGCUGUGUCGAGGCUUAAACGGGGGCCCCCCCCUCCUCUUGCUUUGUGCCACCGCAGCGGCCGUAGGGCCAUCGGCGAGAGAAGACAAACUAGAAAUCGUCUUCGGUUCGCGCGUGGAAGUCGCCGAGGCGGCGACUGCUGCUGCCACCCCCCGCCCAGCGAAACAAAAGAGCCGAGGAGGAGGAGGACGAGGCUCGGCGAAGAGGAACGAGCGACCGAGGGUCUCGCAACCGAGAAGCGGACGCCCGCGGGAGCCCGUAGCACUCGCACCAUCGAGCCAUGACGGUGCUGGACCACAGCCCCACGACGGGCGUCGUGACGGUGAUCGUGAUCCUCAUCGCCGUGGCGGCGCUCGGCACGCUGCUGCUCGGCUGCUGGUGCUGCCUGCGCCUGUGCCAGCGCGCCGAGCCGGCCGAGGACGAGGAGAGCAUCGUGGGCGGCGACGGCGGCUACGUGACGCGCAAGGAGCCCUUCCUGCGGGGGCCGGGCGCCCCGGCGCCCGGAGAGGGCCACGGAGAAGGUCCCCCGCGCUCCGCCUCCAAGACGACGCUCGUAGCCAACGGGGCCAAGAGCUGAGGAGGCCGGAUGGGUGAUGGGGUGAUGGGGUGAUGGGGGGGUGGACUCAUGGAUGAGCGUUGGGUGGGGCGGGGGGGGGGGAAGCCUCGCUCGGCCGCGAGCAAUCGACGAGAUCAGAACGAGAGGGCGCCGGUGCAUGCCACUCCAUCUUGCCUGCGCCUCGCCCGCGCGUGUGUACAUUUGUGACGGGUGCAUUUUUAUUUGCGUUGGCAGAGGUAGGCGUAGCGCCAUGUUGCGGUGAUAAUGGCGGUUUUGGUGUUGCUUGUGGUGUUGUCGUUAGUGUUGAUGUUGCUACUAAAAGUGUCGGUGUUCGCAUACAAACAAAAAAGUGUGUGGGCAGUGUUUAAUGUCGUUGCCGUAACAUUAAUAGCGACUAGUCCGUGGGAUUUGCACGCAAACCGGGCCGAGGUGCAUGCGCGACACGGCCGCGCGCGAUGGUCGCCCAGCGGACGGUCCAACGGCUUCCCUUGGCACGUUGCCGCUGCGGGGACGGAUGGGAAAAGGCAGCGCGGCUGCGCCAAUGAGGGUGGUUGGGGCUCCAGUGGUGGUCGGCGGUCGCAAUGUGAUGCGACCUUCACAGGGAUCGCAACCACAGAAGCCAGGACCAGGCUGAGCGGCUAGCGCCAGUUUCCGCGGUGCCCUUUGGGUGCAACAAUUGUUGAUUUCUGUCCAGGGUCUGCGAGGUUUCCGGAGCCAGUGUUGUAAGUCCCUAAAUACCACUUGUGUGCGUAGUAAAUGGAAAAUAACCGUGCAAUCAUUUCACAUAGUGCUGUGUAUUAAGUAAAAAAAAACGAUACUUUUUUCUUGUAUCUUGUACCAAGCUACCGUCUUUCACAAAUGGAUUAAUGGACAACACAUUUCGAACUAUUGAUGACGCUGCAUGAGUUGAGUAGGGAAAUGAAGCAAAUCUAAAAGUACAUUCAGGAGAACGAAUGGUGUCCGGUCCCAGGAUGAAUCGUCGAGAGUCGCCCUUAAAAUUACUGCUGAUGGUUCAAUUGUCUGUCAGGAUGUAGUGCACAAGAGUGAACUCGUGUAUGCUGCUUCACAGUAACCCCCCCCCCCCCCACGUCGAUCGUUGCGCCUCCGUGCCGCAGAGAAUACGUUUCGCAGCGCGAGCAUCGUCAUUAACAAAGUGGGGCAGCUGGUGAAAUGUGAGGGGGGAGGGGGGAAAUACAAUUGAUUUUAUCUGCAAGGGUAACGUACGCGCGAGCCUUGUUUGCAUUGUCACCCUGCGAAACAUUGCCGCGGACUUUCAUCGUUAUCAUUCCUAAUUAGUGCGUGCAGGGGGGGGGGGGUGGUGAAGGCCACUCAUUUAGGCCGUGGUCACACCUACCCGGCCUUUCAAAGUAGGUCACGGCAGUUGGCUCCGCUGAUCCUCACCGCGCAAUUUUUUUUCUGGUUGAACCCCCAGAGAGGCUGGGUCGGCAGCGCGAGUUUAUUUUUACGUUCGUUCCUGUGGUGUUGUCCCCCCCCCCCUCCCCGCUAACUUUAACGGCCCCGAUUGUGUUAAUACACAGGCCGCUAACGAGCGUCUCGCCCAACGACUGGGGAUCUAAAAUGUGAAUCGCUCCUCCCUUGAGCCACUGCCCACCCCCCCACCCACUGCAGGGGAGUGGUGGUGCCGCAGCUGCGGUUUGUUUUACCCUCACGUUUACAACGAUAACCCUGUGACUGUGAAUGGGGGUAAGCGGGGGCCCGGGCCGGCGUCGUCCACCACGAGCUCCUCGUCCGCGAGUGCUUUGUGCGAUUUUUUUUUUUGGAAUAAAAAAAAAAAAUUGGAUUCGACCGAUGCGAUCUGUAGGUAAGUUUAUAAAUCCGUUUCGGAUGGGGCAACACCAGGGUCUGUAGGCAGACGUGCCCGCCCACCUGCCCAAGUGCCAGCCUCCUGCUCGCUGGACACCCGGGGUAGCACUUGGAUUCACGUUGGUCCGAGUUGCGGCUGAAACCCGUUUGGUAAUUGGGUAAUGUGGGUUGCUUGGCCAUACUUCACCGGGCUGGUUGGAGAGAGUUGUCGGAGAACCGGUUCGGAUAUCGCCCGUCACUGUCGCCUGUGGCCAGGAACAGAACUCUGGUGCGGUGCCUGAACAGACGAGCAGCCACUGGGAUUUAAUGUAAAAUUCGGCUUUUUAUUUACACCCCCCUCCCACCCCCCAUUCACUUGCCCGUCGCCCCAUCGGCUUCCGUCCUUGGGCCAGCGCACACAUUGGUACCACCUGAGAUAGGAAAAAUGCAAAGUGCUACCAAGCUAUAUGGCCAGUAAGGUCAAUGGUGAUAACGCUCUCAAUGAUCAUCACAUCCCCCGUGCCAUCUCUGGCCAGACACCAAAAACAACAAGUUUCUGCAGAGUUUUUCCCCUCGGGUGGCACCAAGUGACGUGCCUGCUCCGUGCCCACGGGCUGCACUGUGCGCUUCACUUCUUCGCUCAAACGGGCGUUUUGGAGAGGGAUCGGGAGCAGGUUGACCCGCGGCGUAAACAACCAGCACCCGUGUCCGGCGCCUCCACCUUGAGCGUGUCAAUAUUACGGUCCUUCCCCCAGGGCCAGGGCUGUUCGCUUUUGGUUCUUGUCAUGGAUGCGGUUUGCUGGAGGCCGUCUCCCUCUGUAACCCCCUUCACAGCGGGUGAGGAUGGGGGGGGGGGCGUUCAACAGCCAGGGAUGAAUGGCACGGCUCUGAAACGUGCGGCCUCUGCUCUUGGGGCGUAACGACCCGAGGUGGAGCCGUGGCAAUGGGAGGCGGCCACUCCUGGCGUUGGUGGAUUGACAUUAAAAUCCGCAUCUGAUGUGAAGAGAACCGCGGCUGAAGACGACCACUUUGCAUUCACGGAGACUUGUUGCGUACAUUCUGUUUGGUCACUUAUCUCAAGUUGUUUCGAUGGGGGGGAAAAAAAUGUGGGUUCUGUUUGAAUGCACACGCGCGCUGUGUGUGUGUGUUACACCGAGUCCCUGCUGUGUCUCCUGUGAACCGGGAUUGGCCGCGUGGACGCAUGCUGGGCUACGGUAAUCGUUCAAUAGAACCUCGCUGGACUGGGAUAUAACGGGUUUCGGUUUCCAGUCUUAACCAGCGAAUUUGAAAGCAGUGCAUGUGAUGGGCAUAAGGGAGCGUAUUAUAAACUCGUUUUGUUGUAAUUGAGAUCCUUUGUGUGUAAAGAAGGAACAUUAACCCACGCGGCACGUGCACACCAUAGCUUGAGGUCAUUGCUUUUUAAGGUGAGUGCUUGGUUGGUUAACAAUUAGCAAAAUAAUGGUGCCCGUAUCCUGCGGAUAAAGUGGAUGUUCAGGGGAAAUGCCUGCUUGAAGGCUGCUUGAUCCGAGCAUCUAUUGUAUACAAAAUGUGUCCCCAUUCCCUUCAAUGCUUGUAAGUUGUUGUGCAUGAAUUUGUCCAUGCUGUAGAGAUGGGAGUCGCGAAGGUCGUGAUACUUGUUAUAGGGAACGAUUUUUUUGAGUCACACGUGCAUAUGAGGCAGUCUCAUGAUGGCUGUGGGGGCAUGUUAUUAGCUGGACGUGUCUGUCUCCAAUGGAAAAUCACUUUUUUGCGUGCAUGAAUCUGUGCAUGUGUUGCUCACGUAAAGAAUUGAAUGGGGCAGACGAACCGAGUAUCUGCACGGUAUCUGGGGGCAAAUCUGAAUGGAUGAAUCCGAUUUGGGUGGUCGAGCUUGGCUGUGAUUGUCUGUCCCUGUCAUCCCCGCGAAGGAAUCUGCCCGGAAGUGGCGUUCAGAAGCCAGCAUUUGAAGGGCGGGCAACAGGGCAGCACUGGAGCUGCUCGACUUGUGACUUGUCACGUGCCGCAUGUGCAAGGUGAUGUUGUGGUGUUAAUCCCCAGCGUUGUUGCCGGGCCAUGUGAAUGGAGCAUCCACUGAAUACUUUUAGCAAUAAAGGGUCACGCGAGACAGAGGCUGGCCAUUUCUUGAGGCAAUGAACUUGUUUUAUGAUUGGUAAUUAUGAAAUAAAAAUCCCCAAGUACUGUCAAA